AUGGAUCCUUCACAGAUAAGAGAAAAAAUCGGUCGCUUUCGAAUCCUCGUAAUAGGAAGAGCCAAUGCAGGAAAAACUACCAUCUUACAGAGAGUCUGUAACACACGAGAGAAUCCAGAAAUAUAUAACAGCGCUGGGAACAAGGUAGGUAUCACGAUGCUAAUUGAUGACACAGUCUUGAAGGCUUCCAGAGAGCGCGGAUUGCACAACAUCGAGAAUGAAAUGGUGUUUCAGAGCAAUCCAGGUUUUAUCUUUCACGAUUCUCGCGGGUUUGAAGCAGGCGGCGAAUCUGAAUUCAACAUCGUCAAGACAUUCAUCGCAGACCGUUCUAAGGAAGCCAGAUUAACAAAUCAACUCCACGCUAUCUGGUAA